UUUUUUAUAUUUUUUCAAGGUAUCAUCUGCAAAUCAAGAGACACCUUCCAAAAUCCAAAAAGUGUUGCAAGAUGCAAGUAUAGCCAAGGAACAUGUUGAAGUGUUGGCACAACAGCAUUUGCAAGUUAAGGAAGAUGUUGUGAGCCAUUUAGAAAAAUGUUUGCCAUUGAGGGAUACUCUGACAAGUAUGCUGAAGAAAGUGAAAGAUCUAGAGAAAUGUAUGCAAUAUAUGAAGUGGUUGGCUCUUGUUAAUAAUUUAAGUUCUGAGAUUCAAGGAGCAUUGUUGGUGAAUACAACUCCAUUCCAGUUUCACAGUGCCAAAGUUCAACAGUCAAUAACUGCAGGUGCCAUGCCAAGUGCUGUCAAUCAUUUUGUGACUUUGGUGGAAAUUAGCAAAAUAUUGCAAAACUCAAAGUGCUACAAUCUAACACAAUUUAUUCAUUCUACAAUAUUUUUUUGGUUCAAUAUAUUGAAAGAAAAGCUUUCAAGUGAAUUUGAAGAUGUUUUGACGGCUAUGGGGUUGCCUAUUGUUUCCAAGGUAACAUCACUUCCACCGAGUACAGCAGCCAAAGAAGAUCUGCAAAGCAAAUUGGACACAUUAUGUACACAGCUUUUAAAGUUGCAAUUACCUGAAGAACUUGAGAUUGAGUUGAAUAAUUCUGAGUCUCCAGCUGGACACAAAACAAUUAUUCUUCCCAUCCAAUUGCUUCUCAAACCUCUCAAGAAGAGAUUCCGAUUUCAUUUUUAUGGAAAGAAACAAACAAAUAAUCCAGAAAAGCCUGAAUUCUAUUUUACACAAGUACUGAGCUGGAUACGUGAUCAUGGUGAUUUUCUUGAUACUCAGAUUCAGCCAAUAUUAAAUAGGGAACAAAUUGCUCACAUAUCUGCUAAGAUUGAGUUCUGUCGUGGACUAAUUCAAGCAGUUGUAGCCAAAGCGGAACAUGAUAUUCCUGAACUCAUAUAUGAUGACCACCUGUUAUCUCAUUUUAUUGAUGAACUUCUGUCAUUUGAAGCUGAACUUCGUUUUAAUCAUGGAUAUCCAGCUUGGCAGCCAAACUGUAUUCAUGUUCUUACUCAAAAUGACUGCUUUCAACGAUGGCUUGCAAUUGAAAGGAAUUUUGCUCUUGAGAAGAUAGACAACUUGCUGAGCGACAAUGGGGCAUGGAGUUGUCAAUACAGAGACAUAAGUGAUGUUGAUGAUUUAAAAGUGCCACAGUGUGCUGAGAGCUUUGUAACACUCUUAUCAGUUAUAACAGACCGGUACAAGACCAUCCCCUAUCCUAGCAAUCAACUCCAGUUUCUUGGUCUUCAACUUGACCUGUUGGAUGACUUUCGUGUACGAUUACUUCAAGUUGCUAAACAGGAGGCCCGCAAUCCACUCAGCACUGUCUACUGUGCAAUAAUCAACUCGGUGAAUUAUGUUAUAAGAGUACUGGAAGAAUGGUCAGAUCAAUUGUUUUUUCUAGAGUUACAAUAUCAUCAUAAUGAAGAUGAGAACAUGGCUGCCUUCAAUGAAGCGUUAGAAAGCACUGGUGCCAAUAUCAACAUCAAUCUUUUAUCAAAAGGUCUUGAAGGCGAGAAUUUAGAUGCCAUGCAAAGAACUGUCUUUGAUGAUAUUUUAGAAUUGUACAAACACAUGCAACAAGAUAUGUGUACAAAGGUCAACUCAUGCAUCUUGAACCAGCUCAACUCAAAAGCUAAACUAUACUUGAAGGAAAAAUGGUUUUCACUUCCUUCAACCAAAGAUUUAGCGGGUCAGUCAGUAACAUGUUCUGCCUGCGAGAUGCUCCUUUUUAUAAAGGACAACCUCUACUUCCUUCAAGAACAGUUAUGUCAACCACUCUUCAAAAGAAGUUGGCGUUUGAUGGCAGAAGGAGUUAAUACGUUUCUAUAUGAAGAGGUGAUUCUUUGCAAUCAGUUCAAUGCGGGUGGAGCUGCUCAGUUACAGUUUGAUAUGACGAGAAGUCUCUUUCCUUUAUUUGGUGCUUAUACACAACGACCUGAAAACUACUUCAAAGAGUAAGUAUACAAACAACAGUUUUGCAUUUCUACAAUGUUCUAAUGUGUGCUGUGAUUACAAUUGUUUUCACAAAGAUUUUCUACUACUGAACUCUCACUC